AUGGAUCGCCUCCCUCUCUCCUCUCUUACUAAUAAAUACUUUCCAUUUUCAGUCUUCUUCUCCAUUCUCCCUUCCUUAUUUAGCUUUCUCUUAUUCUCUUCCCUCCUUUUCUCUUCAUCUUUUGUCUUUGCCAGUGUCAGUAACAGUAAGGCAUUGUCAAUGCAACACCAAUGCAUUGAAGACCACUUCUCUGCUUUGCUCCACUUGAAACAGGGCUUUUACUUCCUCAAGUACAACACCACUAGACUCUCCUCUUGGAAUCCUGAUAACAGGGAUUGUUGCACUUGGGAAGGCAUCACGUGCGAUAGUGCCACUGGUCACGUGACCAAUCUCGACCUCAGCGAGCUCAAUAUCUACGGUCGGAUUGAUUUUGUAAGCCUCUUUCGUCUUCAGAGCCUUCAGAAGCUCAACCUCGCUUCCAAUGAAUUCGAUGGCUCUCCAAUCCCAUCUGGGUUUGAGCAGCUCACCAGUUUGAUCCAUCUCAACCUCUCUUCUUUGAAUUUUUAUGGCCAAAUCCCGUUGGAAAUCUCCCGCUUGACCACUUUGGUGUCCCUCGAUCUAUCUUACAAUCAAAUCCAUGCUCUGAAACUCGAAAACCCGAACAUUGGAGCAUUCGUCCAAAAUCUAUCGAGUCUGAGAGAACUCCAUCUCGAUUCGGUAAGCAUCUCAGCGCAGGGUAGCGAGUGGGGCCUGGCCUUAUCCUCUGCACUCCCUUUUCUCCGCAAGUUGAGCUUGAGUGGCUGUGGUCUUUCAGGCCCCAUCCAUUCUUCCCUUUCCAAGCUCCAUUUCUUAUCUGAACUCUACCUCGGUGGAAACAAUCUCUCUUCAGCCAUACCCAAGAGUAUUUUCAUGCUACCAAACCUACAAACGCUGGAUGUAGGAUACAAUCCACUUCUGACGGGUGAAAUCCCUUCAAACAAUACUCUCCGGGAGUUGUCCCUAUCCGACACUGGAUUUUGUAGCAACCUACGGGAUUCAUUCACUAAUUCCAAACUGCUGACAAUAAUCCACCUUAGCCAUUGCAAACUAGCCGGCCAAUUUCCAUCAUGGCUUGUGAAGCUCGAGAAACUCAUGUAUUUGGAUCUUUCAUACAAUGGUUUCAGCGGACCAUUGCCAUCAUGGCUUGUGAAGCUCAAGAAACUCAUGCAUUUGGAUCUUUCAUACAAUGGUUUCAGCGGACCAUUGCCAUCAUGGCUUGUGAAGCUCGAGAAACUCAUGCAUUUGGAUCUUUCAUACAAUGGUUUCAGUGGACCAUUGCCAUCAUGGCUUGUGAAGCUCGAGAAACUCGGGCAUUUAGAUCUUUCAAACAAUGGUUUCAGCGGAUCAUUGCCCUCAUGGCUUGUGAAGGUGGACAAACUCGUGUUUUUGUAUCUUUCAUCCAAUAAUUUCAGCGGUCCAAUCCCUUCUUCCUAUGGCAACAAGUUUCAAAAUCUUCAAUGGCUCAUCGUUGACAAUAAUUCACUUAGUGGGACCAUCCCAUCAUCAUUGUUUUCACUCCCAUCGCUGAAAAGGUUGUAUCUUCAAGAUAACCAAUUUAGUGGUCAACUUGGCGAGUUCAACAACCCAUCCUCUUCUCUGCUAAAGUCAAUCAACUUGGAUAACAACAAGUUGGAGGGGCCUAUUCCGAUGUCCAUCUUUGAACUCACAAAGCUUGAAUAA